AUGUCGUCACCCCACUCUGGAGAGCUUGGUGCCCCGGCGCGCCACCUCGACGACGGGCCUACUUCGUCGCAGUUGGGUCCCCUUGAAUUCCUGGAGAGCGAUGAUGCGGAAGAGUUCGAGUACGAAGGGGACUACGACACGCGUAUGGCUGAACUCAUGAGUGAAGGCGGGGACGACGCGCCCAAGCCGGACUCUGCUAGCGACGAGGAGGACGGGUUUGUUUAUGAUGGGGUCGAUGCAGACGUGCCCACCAGCUAUUCUGAUCAGCUUCGAGCAGUUCUUGGCCCUGAACAUGAAUCGGAGGACGAUACAGAUGAGCUAGACGAAGUGGAGACGUCCUUGAUAAUUCAGGACUCGGAGAAGCCCAUGCAGCCAGAGAACGAAUCGUUCUCGGAUGCCACACCGUCUACAUCUUCCGUAGGGUUGCCCGGUACGCCCCCACGGACAGAAACGCCCUCCAAACGACCAUUAUCAUCGCAGUUAUUCAGGUCAUAUAUACACCCGUCUGUGUCGCGAUUGCGCUCUUUCACACCUCAGUCUUCUCGCGUACAAUCUCCAGGCUCAGGAAUGAUGAACUCGCAUUCACUUCUCUUUAACUCCCAAUCAUUGUCACGGGCUUCGUCGUCUUCAAAUCUUCAUUCCCAGUCAUCUGAACGUCAGGAGGGCUCAACUAACCACGACGAGCGAGAGGUAUUCCGGUGGACUCAGUUACGAAACAUCACGACGCAUUUGUAUUCGCAUAAAGCCUCUUCAGUGAUGGGAAACCUUUCUUUAGGUUCACCGACAACCUUGGCCGCUAAUGGUCUGAUAUGUAUUGGGACAGAUGAGGGGAAGGUGUGCGUAUACGACUUCCAGCAGGAUCUCAAGUGUAUUUGCGGUGACGAGGGCUCACCCUUGUCGCAUGACCACACGUAUGUAGUUUCUGGUCACGCAACGGGGUACAUACAACUGUACGAUUUGAAGAACCCCCGCGUCCCCGCUCGUACAGUUGCUCCCACAACUCUCGCAUCCGUGGCUUCCGGGCGGCAGGAAGGCCAUCUUCAAGGAUCACGCAUAGUCAGCGUUGGCUUCAUCGCGGGGAGGCAUACAGCUAUAGUAUCCGCCGAUGAGCACGGUCUGGCGUUCUCCCAUAGCUUAGGCAAAGUCUUGUUUGUCGAAGCUCCGGAUAUUCUACGCAUUCUGGGGACGUAUGCUGUCGAAGAAGCUGGGAAAGCUCCCUUGAAUCCUCUGUUGCAGCGACGGCGGGCUAGAUUCACCGUCCUCGCUAUGAUGCCUCUUCCCUUGGGUACUUCCCCUCACCCCACCGAUGCAUACAACAUCAUCGCUCUCCUGACCCCCAAAAAGCUCGUUGUCGUAAGCCUCAAACCGACUCCCAAAACCUGGUUCAAAUGCACUCGCGAGGAUGUCCGAGGAUCACGUAGACGAGGCGCUAUGUCGUGGUAUCCCAGCGUUGUACCGGGCGCGGCAGAAUCAUCUGUCAAACCAUCUUCAAAAGCAGAGCCAGGCACGAUACCCGUUCUCGCAUACUCCUGGGGCAAGACCCUCUACUUCAUCAAGGUAUUCGAAUCUGGGAAUCUCGUUCAUGAAGCUUUUGGCAAAUGGUCAGCAGAUUCUGAUAUUCUUGCACUGCAAUGGUUGAAUUCAAAGCAAAUAGUUGUUAUGACGGCCACUACGCUAGAAGUGUUUGAUAUCACUUUGAUGAAGACCAUCGAACGGGUGGAACGCGAUGCUCUUUCCCUGGUGUCUCCUACGCUCGGCCUUACGGUUCGGGGUGCGCUAUCUUAUGCAGAUGCUGCAGGAGAUGUUGCACACAGUAUCAGAGUGUACAAGGGAAAGAUCUUCAUGCUGGGCAGAGAAACAGUUGAAGUCGGGACCUUAUUGACGUGGGCCGACCUCAUCUUGACUUACGUUGAAAACGGCCAAUUCCUCCAGGCGAUCGACCUGGCGAAGUCCUAUUAUGUUGGUGAGGCGCCAGGAAAUAAGAAUGGGCUUCCUGAAGAUGAGGCAGGGCGGAAAGAGAUCACUGGGCAGAGAGUUCGUGAUCUCAUGGUCGCUUCCGCUCGAUACGCCUUCUCGGAGGAGCGUAUGACGGAUAGUACUCACGUCACCUCAGAUGGAAGAGGUGUCGACCGGACGUCUCUCUUCGAGGGCUUAGUCGUUUCCUGCGCCCAGGCAAGCAUUGCACUGGACAACUUCGAUUUCUUCUUCGAGGACCUAUUCCAGUAUUACGACGAUGCAGGCAUAUCCCGGAUAUUCCUCCUGCAACUCGAGCCAUUUAUAUUGGACAACGAUAUUCGGUUCGUCCCUCCACGGAUCACACAGAAACUUGUCGCUCUACAUGACGAAGGCGGCCGGCCUGAUCUUGUUGAACGAGUAAUCUGGCACAUCGACCCCGCUUGCUUGGAUAUCAACCAAGCGAUUCAUCUAUGCCAGCGUCACCAGCUCUACGAUGCCCUCAUCUACGUCUAUUCCAGCGCGUUGCGGGAUUAUGUGGCCCCUAUUGUUGAGCUACUCGGACUCAUCCGGAAGAUCCAGCGAAUGCGCAUAUAUGGAUUCGAAACGUCGAUAGACGAGGACGACAUAGAAUCAACGAUGGCCCAUACGUACAAGGUCUAUGGAUAUCUUGCGAACGCCCUCGCUGGACUCAGCUACCCCGCUGGUCAAUCGCUGGACACGGAUGACGCCUCACGGGCUAAGAGCGAUAUAUAUGGCUUCGUCUUUUCUGGUCGAUCCAUUGUUUGGCCCCCAGGUGAAGGAGGGGAUCUGGUUCUGACAUCCACAGAUGAGGACGGAGUCGAGCCUACGUACCCAUAUGUUAGGCUUCUCCUCGAGUACGAUGCGGAGUCUUUCCUCCAUUCAUUGGAUAUCGCUUUUGAGGAUGGGUAUCUCAAUAACGAAUCUCAAGGGGUCAGCCGCCUUCUGAUCGUGAAGAUCCUACUGGAGCUUUUGUCGUCGGGUGAUUUAUCACAAAGUGAUACUACAUUCAUCAAUAUCUUCAUCGCUCGUAAUGUUCCGAAAUACCCGCAGUUCCUACAACUGGCCCCAAGCGCUUUGCACAAUGUCUUAAUCGCGCUCACCGAGGACCCCGAUCCUAGCUCGAGGGAGGAUCGUCAAUUAGCCGCAGAGUAUCUACUUUCUGCGUACACCCCCCAUGACAGCGACAGCAUGGCGAUUGUAUUCCGUAUAGCAGGAUUUUACCGUAUCUUGCGGACGUGGCAUCGGCAGGAGCAGCAAUGGGUUCCGUGGCUCACCGCCAUCUUGGAUGACCCCGACUUCCGCCCUGCGGAGGUCUUCAGCAGCGUGGAGGAUGUUAUCAGCUCUGCUGUUAGUCCCAACGGCGACAUCCCUCCCGAAGUGGACAACUCAAUAUCUGAUGCUCUGCCUCGCUUACUCCAAUCUGACAUUCAAAAUACCGUCCAACUGCUUCAGAAACACCUCCCGCACCGUCACACACAGGCUGUAGAAGAAUUGGGAAAACUAGGCCGCAACAAACAGUAUGACUACCUAUGCUACUUAUUUGGCCCUCCUCGAAACGACGACUCGGAGAGUUGGGUUCCUGCUUGGACUCCAGGCUCCAAAGUCAAUAUCCCGUCUGCGUUAGUGCAGCAGUACAUUUCGUUGCAUUGCGAGUUCCACCCAGACAAUAUCGUGGCCGUCCUGCAGUACCUACCCGAGAGUCUUCUAGACUGGGACCGCGCCGUGGAAUCUUGCGAAACUCACGAGGCAUUCGAUGCGGCUGUCUGGGCGUUGAACCGACACGGCGACCCGCAAAAGUCACUCUCCAAGGCUGAAGGUUACGAACAGCAAGUGAUGAUCAAAAUCCUAAAGGACCUUUCCUCGCCUUCAGAACAAGAGAGAGGUUCGGAUUUGGAUCAUCAAAUAGACAUGCUCCAAUCUAUCGCUCGAACGACGGUCGGAAUAUGUCUCGCGCAAUCUCGCAGCACGGACACGACAGAUGUUCCAUUGGAAGAUAUCUGGUUCCAGGUGCUUGGUAGCCAAAUUAGCUGCGUACAACGAGUAUCGAGUUUCUACACUCGGAGCACUUCAGAUGGCGAUGCCACCGCUAAAGUCGAAAGAGCUUGGAAAACGCUUUCCUCCCUGCGCUUGAUCGUUCAGGAUACGUUCAGCUCCCUAGUCUCCGUCACUUCCACAAGAGCUGUAUCCUUCCCUCGUCUGUUCAAGCGAUUGGUCAACUCAGCUUCUCGAACUGAACUUUCUUCCGGGGCACACUACGACGAAUUCCGGUCCAUCCUAACCGGAAUGCUUGAAUCCUACCGCUCCGAUGGAGACAUCCUUACCAUCAGCAAGCACUUGGUUGAUCGCGACCUCUUCGAAACGGUCUCAGAGGCAACUCGUGAACGUAUGCGUGGAUGGGCAGCACCUCAGAUGGCUUGCGCAUUCUGCCGUCAAUCCCUCUUCCAAACUCCUCAAAAGUUAGAUCAAGAAUUCCUACAUAUUGUCGUUUCGCGGACUGGUACUAUAUACCAUCGUAGAUGUUUACCCCAGGACUAA